AGCAAUUUCUGAAACUGUAACAAAACUUUUGUAGAGUAGUAUAUAACUAAGUUAAUUUUUACUUUAGAAUCUUAAAAGUCUUUUAUCUGUUAGUUUGUAUAGUAAUGAGCAAUGCUUUCAAAUAAUCAAAAAUAUGAUACCAAAAGAACAUGCGAUGUCUUUUUAAGUGAGGAUGGUGUGAAUCAAACAUAUAAGAAAGUAGAUUCACCCAUUAAAACCCAUUUCUGGAAAACUAAGACUAGUGAUAAUAAUAAUAUUAAUAAUAUUAAUAAUAAGACUUUCAACUAUAUCAGAGAAAUUGUUUCAUUCGUUGAGGAGGGAGUCCAAAUUCUUAAGAAAUUGAAGGAUUCUUUAAAAUUAGUAGAAGAGUUUGCAAUCAAACAAUCAAGUGAUCGCAAAGGAUUUGAGGAAUUUAAUCGCUUUAAUAACAGACUCGAAGACUUUAUUAAAGUAACUUUGACAUCAUUAAUUAGUCUUUCUGGGUUUUCUGAUUUGAAGACGCUAUUUAAAGGUAAAGACUUGCUUGACUUAAAUAUAUUUCAAUUAGCAUACAAUGCCAAGAUUGAAAAUUUCGAUUUUGGAAGUAUUAUCUUAGGUAGCUUCUUUAGUGAUUCUUCCUUCGAAAGAAUCAUAUUAAGAUAUCAUUGCAAAUUAAUAUUUUUAUUGAGAGGAGAAGAAUUCUGUAAUGAAGAAGGAGCACAUAUCUUGAAACUUCCAAUAGACUAUAUAUUUCUGUACCCUACAAGAAUCAAAGAUUUGAUAAAUUCUAGUUCCUUCACUAAUAAGCAAUAUUUUCAUCAGAGUCUUAUUUCUUCUUUAUCAAAAUUCAAUUCAUUAAAGGAUAAAUGUUUCCUUUUACUGGAAGAGGCUCUCAAGUGUUCUAUUAAACUGUAUACAGAUUUUGAUAAAAUUGAUACAAUUGUUGAUAAUUCCUUUCAUGAUGAAAAACCACGUCCAAGAAUGUACGAAGAAUAUGAUCAAGGUCCUCCCAAAUCUUCUGAAGACUUCCAAGUUGCUGGUAGAAAAACUAAAGAAUUUGAUUUCAAAAAACAAAGUAAAAAUACAAAACUACCAUCUAUUCAGAAGAUUUUACCUUCUUUACCUUUAGAUCAAUCAGAUGUUGGACCUUCAGUGCAACUUUUAAAACCACACAUGACUCUUCAAUUUAAGUAUAAAUUCCAUCAUUUAAAGUACUUUAGAGAAAGUAUGAACGAUCAUGCAUUAAGUUUAGUUAAGUUUAUUCAAACACAACUAAAAUUCUGUGAGUAUUGGCAAAAUCUUCUUGAGGACAAAGAUACUGUCUCAGAUUCAAGAUAUAUUACAUCCAUGUAUUCAAGCUUUCAUUUAAAAUUAAAUAACCAACUAAAUAAUACAUAUGAGAGUAUAGUUAAAAUUAUUCAGAAAGAAAUUGUUGUUAACUUAGAUCAUGCAUUAGCUGUAUGCAAAAAAGUUGAUGAGAAGUUAAAUUUGCAUAGAAAGAGAAAAGCUCAUAGAAAUGCAUCAUUCACUGAAUUAGAUUUUGAGUUACUGAAAUUUUUACCUGGCUUACUUUUACAACUUGAUCUGUUGGUUGAAAUAUCUUUAGUUAAAUUCAAUCGAGCCUAUUGUAAAUGGAAUGAAGAUAUGAUAGGGAUUAGAAGUUUGGGUGAAUACAAUAAGUUAAUUGGUACAUAUCGCUCAAGUGAUCGGAAACACCAAGAUAUUGUUGACUUUUAUAAAUUUCAAUAUGAGUCAACCAUGAAAUCUGCUAUGAAAGAUAAAGUAUCUAAUAAUUAAAUGUUUUACAUAAUUUAUAGAAAUAUAUAUAUUUUGCAUUAUAUAUGAAUUGUCAUAUUUUGGACGUAAAUUUUAUCAAAAGUUCAUCAUCG